ACGAAAAGUGAUGGUCUAUUUGACCGAUCACAACUCUGCCAACCGUUUGAUACAGAGCGAAAUAGUCAAAACUUAUGGAUAUAAGGCCUAUGUCCCGAAACAUCUUUUAACAGUAACAGGGGUCAUCUCGGACGUCCCAACUGAGAUAAACAAUAAUGACAUCCUACAGGAUAUUCAAAGCGCGGUUCCUGUAAUGGAUGUUUACAGGCUCAAUCGUUUUGAGAACAAUAAGCCCACACCAACCAAUCGGGUUAAAAUCACCUUUCGGACAAACCGUCUUCCGGAAACAAUCAAGCUGUACUGCUGUGUACUCAAAGUAACUCCAUACUACCGUAAAGCAAUAUUGUGCCUCAAUUGCUUACGGUACAACCAUAAGGCUGAAGACUGCAGAAGCGCCAAACGAUGUUCCACCUGUGGAGAGCAGCACCUAGAUGGAAAAUUCGACGAUUGCCAAAAGAAACCCUUCUGCCUAUAUUGCAAAACAGAACACAGCACAACCGACGUGAAGUGUCCGGAGAAGACCCGCCAGAACACCUUGAAAGCAGUAAUGGCGAAACACGGGCUUACAUUCCUGGAAGCCAGAGAAAAAUUUACAAUACCAACGUCCAACCAGUACAAUGCGUUGUUAGAAUUUGUAGAUUCACCAACCCCACAGGAGAGCUUCGCCAAAACAGUUACCAAGAAUGUCCCAAUGAGAAAGGUGGAAAAUAAACGACAUCCCAUAGCACAACCCGCCUACAAAGUCAACGACGAACUUUCCCGUAAGCGCGCCAGGAGUGAUAAAGAGCCAGAGAUAACGGGAACCUGUUUAAAUAACCCGGAGAGAGUCGGAGACAAGGAACGAUGGGUAACAGCACUGACCGCAGGUAAGCGCAAAGAAAAUAAUACGACAGGAGAACAGUUGGAGAUAGUUCAGAAAAAAGUAAGACAGCAGUUGCAGCAAUCUGAUCCGCAACAACCCAAAAAAUACCACCUUAUUGACAUUCAGGAACACAUCAUGAGGCUUUACACUGCAAUCAUGAACGACGCUCAGGCCAAAGGCCAAGUCCGGGAAAACAUUAAGGAAAUUGCGAAACAAUUCUUACCUUUUGAUAUGAUCCAUAACCCUGAAAUUUUGGAAAAUUCUAUAACAAACACCCAAUAAUUUCUGCAUUACAUUAUCCUACACGAUUUGAUACAUAUUUCAAUAUAACGUGACUCAUAAAAACAAGAGAAAAGCCAUCUGAAAAUUAUACAAAUACUAUUGUAUUACUAAAAACCAUCGAAAAAGUACACGCCAAGGAAGUCGCAUUAAAAAGGUUUAAGUACGAAAAUCUAUAAACCUCAUCAAAUAUGCAACAUACUAAUGCUGGGCAUAUGGUCUCGUCACCGGUCCCAUUGAAACAGUCUGCAUCAUUGAUGCAGCAAGAAAGAAAGAAGAAGAAGAAUUAUUAUUGUCUCAUCAUUGAUAGUUUUUCCAAUGGAAAACUUAAGAUUCUUAAUGAAAACCUGCGGUUUUGUAACUUGGAUUUGUUUACUCAACUGGAUUAUACACAAAACAUGCUAAUGACUCUCUACACAUUGUGAAAAUUACUAAAUUAACAGAAUCGAUAAUAUUUUAAGGUAAGUGGAAUUUUAUCUUUGUAGAGCAAUCAAGUUGUCUUAUUUUUAAUUUCUAUUUACAGAUUACGUGUUGAUUUGCAUUGAACUAGGAUAUAAUUUUUCGUUAAUCGAAGUGUUAUGAGAAUGUCAAAUGUUUUUCUUUGAAUUGGAGCAAAGAAAACUUGACAUAUUGAAAGAACUUUUCGAAACUGACGUGUUCAGUUCGUUUCAAUGCUGAAAUUCAUACGAGUUCAAUUCGUCAGACUUAUCUUCUGAGACAUCUUGACAUUGACCCAGGAUACACACCUCUUAAAAGAGUAUUUUAUUGCUGUGGAACAGACUUGUUUAUGCUGCAUCAAGCUAGCCGUCAUAGCUGGGGUAUCAAAAUGUUACUGUUUCUUCAGAAAUGAACCAUGGAAGGUUCCUGUUAUCCUCUGGCCAUUCAAAUCCUCCAGGAUAUAUGUGUUGGUGCCCAAUUUCUGACGAACUCGAACCUUUGUAAACUUGGGCGCUAGUUUACCCACGAAAUUCUUCGAUUUGUCUGACAAGUGUACGUUUUUCUUGAACACUACAUCUCCACAUUCAAAAUUAUGUUUCUUGUUCGCUCGGAGGUUAUAAGGGCCCUUAUUCUACGCCGCGCAUGACGUGACGAUAGUCGAGUCACCCAAGUCACUCUAUUCCAGUAGUCGGUUUAGGUGAGGAACGUCACUUCGAAUGAACUUUGUGAGUUCUUUACCCUAUUCUCGUAGUCACCGUGGGUGAGAAUUGUCGCAUUCGGGUGACGAAUUUAGGUGACAAUUGUCGGUACCUUUUCAGGUGGCGACGAGAUAGAAAUUUAAGGGAAAAAUAAUGCCAAACUGAAUAAUUAGACUCUGCAUGUUUAAUCACGUUAAGUGUGACAAUUUUAAAAACAAUCUGAUUAAUUUAUUCGCAGAAGAGAAUUGUCAGAGGAGGCAAAUUUUUAUACAAAAACGCAUAUAUUUGCGUAGUUUGAAAUUACAAAUAAUUUUUUUUCGGGAUUUUCCCUCUCAUCUCUAUAAAUAAAUUAAAUUCACAAAUGUCCAGCAGGAAAUGAGAAAUCUUGUUUUAUUUGUUUCUUUCUUAAUUUAAUUUUUCAAGCUUGUUUUAAAUAAAACAGAAAAAAAGCAAUCCGAUUACAAUGAAACCGAAAUCUAAAUAAACAAGAAUUUGAAUUUUUCAUAGCAAUCAAAAUUUGAUUGCAAACUGUGAUUUGAAAUUAUGAAAUUGGCCUAACAAUAAAUAAUCUGGACUAGUCAGCUAAAUCAUUUUUCAGCAAUCAAAUCAAGAAAAAUUCUGCUCCAAAAUAACAUUAGUAAUUAUUAUCACUCAUUAAUCCAAAUCUGCCAAGAAAAUAAAUUCGUUUGCGAUGUUGCUGACCAACAAAAGAUGCAUUGGCCUAUUGGCGUUGCUGAAAAAGUCGGUAAUAUUUUCACUAGGCGAAAAGCGCGGGUUGCCUAUUUCAGUCAUCAUCUAUGUAUUCGGUCCAUGCAAAACUCCUCCUCCACGUGCCUGUAGAGUUGAUUGACUUACUGGUUCCUACCAGCGUUUGAUAGUUUUUUCCACAUACUGCUGAAAUGAAAACAAAAGGCAAUUUUACUUAAACUUUUUUACUAAACAGCAACUUUUUUUACCAACCUGAAACAGCAGCUAAGGUUUCGUAGAUAUCCGGAAGUUUAACACUGGUCUUUUAAGGCAACCGUCGUCCACUUCUGCGUUUAUGUGCAUUUUUUCCCCCAGUUCGGUGCUGUUUCCCGGCCCACGUUGAGCUUGUACAGCAAUUAUGAAAACUCCACUUUUUGCAGCAAAAUUUGUCCCAUUUUUCGUUUCAACCAGCUUGCUGAAACCGUACAAUCCGAUACUGGUCCCGGAAGAAGUGGAAUUUUCACUCGUUAUUUUAAAAUUCAUUUUCCAAAACUCGAAAUGUAAACACCGGCACAAACGAUCAGCGCAAAUUUCGCCAUUUUGACACAUGGGUUCAUUCAGUCACUCACCUCUGUCACUUCACCCCCAUCGACUCCGGGAAUAAGGUGACAGAACUCACGGUGACUCCGAGGUGAGGUGACAAUCCUCACGUCACGCGCGGCGCAGAAUAAGGGCCAAGGAAUCGAAUAUCUUUUAUACGCUUUAAGGAGAUUCUCGCGAACCGUUUGCCACAGCUGUGUUUGCUCUGCUGGGCUAAAAGAAACAUUCAAAUUGUCAGUCAAAUUCCUUAGAUGAUCGUAUUCUUUCCCAGAGCUUAUCAUGUUACGUCCAAAGUUGAGAAAAUAAGGUGUAAACCCGGUGCUAUCGUGCACAUUAGUUCGAAUCGCCAUCGCAAUUUGCGGUAUCGACUCAUCCCAGUUCUUAUGGUCAGUACGACGGUUUAAAGCGCACCGUAUCGCCGUAACGAUGACCCGAUUGACUCGCUCAGUUGGAUUUGGACUAGGGUGAUAUACUGCUAGAUUCCAAUGGGUAACACCGUACUUGGACAACAAAUUCUCGAAUUCUUUACAUAGGAAGACUUUGGCAUUAUCGGUAAUGCAAACGGAAGGCGCACCGAACAGAGUGAAUAUUUGGUUUUCGGUGAAGGUACAAACGCCUAUGGCGGUAGCGGACCUCAUACAUUGUACCAUAACAAAUUUUGUAAAGAAAUCGGUAACAACCAGCAACCACAUAUUACCUUUCUUGGACCGGGGAUACGGACCUAAGAAAUCCAUCGAGAUUAACUCCCACGGCCGUGAACACAUCUUUGGAUUUCCACAGACCGGAGUAACGUUUAUGUUCGGGGUUUUAGAUUCCUUACAAACAAGGCAGGCGAAGCAAAACCGUUUCACUUCCGACGACAUACGAGGCCAAUAAUACUUUUCCCUGAGUUUGGCCAAGGUUUUCAGAAAUCCUAAGUGCGCUUCUUCGUGAAUAGCCUGAAUCAACGGUUUUCUUUCCAGCAACGGGACCACAUAUUUCCACCGCAUGCCAGGAUCUUCAGUCAAUGAAGUAUUGGUAACAAACUUAAAUACUUUUUCGUCAAUGAUUUGGAAAUCUUUGUAUCUUUCCGGGAAAUUUCUAAUUUGACUUUUCAACUGAGAGACAUAUGUGUCUGGAAGCUUCGCGACAACGCGUCGGCCGAAAUGUUUUCAGAGCCCUUUUUGUACUGCAACACCAUGUCAUACUUUGACAAUUUCAAUGCCCAUCGAGCGAUCCUUGGCGAUUUUGACUCGAUAGACAUGGUACGCAAAAACGUUAGAGACAUCGCAUCGGUCUGAAUCACGAACUGGCUUCCUUCUAUGAAGUGCCGGAAAUUUUCAAUGCUCAGCAGAACUGCUAGGCAUUCCCGUUCUGUCGCGCUAUACUUCCGCUGAGUGCUUGACAACUUUUUUGAGUAAUAUGCAAUACAACGUCGUUCUCCUUCGAGGACUUGAGUGAGAACGGAUCCUACUGCUAAGUCUGAACUGUCUGUCUCUAUUAUAAAAGGAACAGAAAAGUCCGGAUUAGCUAAUAUAGGCGCGGAUACUAAUGCGGUUUUUAAUUUCCCUAACGCCUCGUCGGCUUCCUGGGUCCAUGCAAAUGUUUUACGGUCUUUUUUCAAAAGAUUACUUAUCGGAGUGGUGAUUUCAGAAUAAUCCUUUAUGAAUUUCUGAUAGAAACCCGCUAAACCCAAGAGUCGUCGUACGUCUUUGACAGACUUGGGGGUACUAUAGUCCAAGACGGGUUGGAUUUUGGCCACGUCCAUAGACAGGCCAUCCUCGGUUAGUACAUAACCAAGGUAACGGACCUGCUUCUGACAGAAUCGAGACUUAAUUAUAUUGAUAGUUAACCCGGCCCGUUUUAAUCGAAUCGCGACUUCCUUAAUCAAUCUCAGGUGUUCCUCCAACGUGAGAGAAGUGAUGAUUAUGUCAUCUAAAUAGACAUAAACGCGAGGCUCCAUGUCAUGUCCGAUGACCUUGGACAUCAAGCGAAUCAUUGUCGCAGGGCUGUUAGCUAACCCAUAGGGCAUUACCGUGAACCUAAAGACCGACUUAGUGGUCCUGAAUGCCGUCUUAUCCUUUGCCGAGGGUUCUAAGCUAACCUGAUAGUAAGCUUCAGAUAAGUCUAUGACCGAAAAAUAUCUCGAUUUUUGUAUUCUUUGUAGGAUGCCAACCAUAUUCGGAAACGGAAAGUCAUCUUUCCGAGUAGCUGCGUUUAGUCGUCGUGAAUCAAGACAAAUCCUCCACUUGCCGUUUGCCUUUCUGACUGGCAAGAGUGGAUUCAAGAAAUCUACCGGACCUUCGCAUUCUUCGAUAACACCGAGUUUCAGCAUGCGUUCAAUCUCGGCAUCUAUAACGGAUUCUACCUUGGGAGACCAUUUGUAUGAAGCGAAUUUCUUCGGCCUCAUACCCGGGAUUAGAUCUAUAGAAUGCUUUAAGACUUUCGUUCUACCUAAUUUUCCUUCCACCGUAACUGGCAAUUCGGAGAUGGCUUCGAAAAGAGUUUUCCUUUCUUGCACGGUGAGAUCAUGCUCAGUUACAAUAUCUUCCGGCUUAUCAAUCGUUUUGUCAGGGAUUUCUAUCGUUGGCAUAUCAAGACUUUCAUCUUCUUCUGGAACAACAACCUUGAACUUACUGUCGAGCUCAUCUGUCGGCGACAGCUGAAAACAGAAAUUUUCAGACUGUUCACUAAAAUAAUCUUCAAUUACUAAUAAUUGAUUUGGCGUGGAUGGACUUGCCUCGUUUUCGGAAUAACUUUCUACGGGAAUUGAGGUAUUAGGACUUAUUAAUUGAAACCCGAAUUUCUUGAGAAAAUCCAUUCCCAAGAUCAACGGUUUGGUCACCUCAGGUACGACUACUGUGGGAAUCACGUGAGUUGUUUCCUGAUAGGUAAACGGAAUGUUGACAAAUCCGAGACAUCGAUAUGCUGUUCCGUCAGCUGUUGAAACUUUCAAAUUUACAGGGUUGAUUUUCAGGCCGAGCUUUUCAAUCAACGGUACCGCACUAAUCACGGACACACUCGCUCCAGUGUCUGCAAGACCAACUACAUUUUCGGACAUGAUUUUCAAACUUAUGUGGGGGCAUUUGCUAGUGAAGGUGUUAAUCUGAAAUGUUCGUUCAAAAUAUUCGAAAUUAGGAAUAGGAACCUCUACGAAAUCGCGGUCAGGAGCUUGGUUCCUUAAGUCUCCCAUCCUUAUUCGUUUUUUGACUCGUUAGUCACAGAAUAUCGUGAACGCAUUUGGUGUCGAUUUGGACAACGAAAAGCAGUGGUAUCCGGAUGACCACACAUGUGACAGAAUAUCAACUUACUCUUGUCACAUUCUCUCCACAAAUGGCCUAUUUUCCGACAAUUCCAACAAACCAUUACAUCAGUUACGUUAUUCCCCGAGUCCGUUUUCGUUAUUCGACCACCAGUAAAUUUCGUGUCUGUUUGCGACUUGAUAACGCAAACAUCUUCAGUUUCUUCACGGGUCAAGUUACCUUCAUUUUUUUCUAAUUCUUCUUCUUCUAGACAAUUCAACGGUACGUUACGAUUCAAAGGCUUCAGGUGGUUCAAAUUGGUUUCUACAGCAUCUAGCUUGUAACACAACUGAGCUAGGUGUUCAAUCGAGUAGAUUGGUUCCAAAGCUAACCUUCUUUUAUAUCCUAGCCUCAUGUUUUCGAAAAUAAUGUCAAACUUCUCCUGCUCAGUCAUUUUUUAGUCAUUCUUCUUGCUAGAGUUUCGAUGUCAGUUAAAAAUGAACUAAAUUUUUCGUUAGGCUUUUGCUUUCUGUUACGCAUUUCUUCCUUGAAUGAUCGAUCACGAUUAGGAUCGUCGUAUCUCAUGAGUAGCUCACUAACUAAUUUCCCCCAAGACGUGAAACGUUCUUCGUACGUGGUGUACCAAUUGUACGCAUCAUCACGGAACAACAGAUGCGCGUGUAUGCGUAAAUCUUCCUGAUCAAUGCCAUACGAACGACAUAGCAGAUUGAUUUGUCGGAGGAAGUCAACAACAGGUACCUGAUUGGCUUCUCCGCUAAAUUUAGGCCAUUUUUCAAUUAUAUUGCAUUGCUGAUAGGGAAGACGUCGAGGCUGGACAAAGUUUACUUCUGCACCGUAGGGCCCCGAAAUCGCGUUCCCUAUCUCCCGUUGUGUGGGUUGGUUCAUCUUACCACUAGGAUGUGGUGAAGGUGGCGCAGAUUGCGAAGGUCUAACCCCAGAAAUCGGUGGGGGUUUAAAUGGAUUCAAUCCGUUCAUACUCAGAACAGGAUUAGUAUGAUCAUGAGUUAAGGAAUCGGUAACCUGAGGCCUAUAUUGAUCUGAAACCAUCGUAGUAUUAAAAGGGUUUGCGUAACCCAAAUCUAAUCUUUGCGACUGAGGCGGCGUCGGGGCUAAAGUAGUCGGACGAGCCCUUGAAUUUUGUAACGUCACGUUCGCAAUUCUUUCCACGAGCUGAUCGAUUGCAUUCGAAUUAAUUGCACGGUCUGACCGUAACGGUCCUUGAUCGACCAGACUAUUUACGUAUACGCGGAUAUAAUUUUCAACUUCGGAAACAUGUAAGUAUUCAUAAUCAGCGGACCGAUGCAGUUCAGGAUUUCUUGACUGCCCAAAAUUCGAAACGUUAUUUCCCGACAAGUGAUUACCCGUAAAUCCUGUACGAAAUGGUUCUCUGAUAUUCGUCGACUGCGAUACAUUCAGUACAUUUCCCGCCGAGGCCACCGGCUGACCAUUCAAUGAGCGAUCAUUAUUCCAAAUCGGCAUCGGGUUCGACCGAGUUUCAGUUACCGUCGAGGCCACCGGCUGACCAUUUACUGAGCGAUCAAUAUUCCAAAUCGGCAUUUGGUUCGGCCGAGUUUCAGUUACCGUCGAGGCCACCGGCUGGCCAUUCACCGUACGAUCGGCAUUCCAAAUCGGUAUAGCGUUCGAUGGCAGAUCAUUUCCUGUCGCGGCGUGUUCCAUUGAAGGUCGGGGAUUAGUUAAAUUUGACAGGUCAAAUCCUAAAAAUGCGGAUUGAUUGUUAACAGAAAAUCGCGAAAAAUCUUGCAAACCGUGUUCUUGAAUACCGGAAAUUAUCGGCUGCGGAUUAGACGUCGAGGAUUGUGGUUCCGCGAGAUUCGUUUGGACGACCGAUUCAUUCGAUUGCGCACCGAGCUGAUUUUCUAACGUAUCAGAAACCUGAAGCCGUGACCCAGACAAGUCUCUAUCAAGGGUUGACGGAACAUCAAAUCCGUACCCUAAACCUUGAGAAGGAAUUCUAUAUCCAGAUGCAGUAGCCUGGUCCGUACCACGCACAUUAGUUUCCGAAAUUCCCGGUGCAUCCCUGUACGUAACUGAACCACUCGUGAGACUUCUGGCCAGCAAAUUCAAAUCGAUUUUAUAAAACUUUUCAGCCAAACUACUAACCAGAUUGGUCAAAAUCAUUUGAUUUUGUUUUUCCGAUUCAGUCUUAGGUGAAUACCUCGCUAAUCGCCGAUGAUAAUGAACGAGUCUAGUGUAUAAAUUACCAUGACGUCGACCGAUACUCAGAACUUGUUCAAUUUGUUUCAGAUUGCUGGUAAUCCGAACAUAAUCCUCUGUCAAAUCUUGUGAUGCUGGAAAACCCAAUGUCGUGGAAUCUUCCUGGUCGCGCAAAAGUGUUCGUAACGUUCUUCUUUUAGAGUUAAGUGGCUCAUUGAGCCUAGCUCCUCGCAACGAAAGCUCAUAAUCCAGCUCAUCUUCUUCAAGAUGAUCUGCAUUUAUUCGAUAAUGCUCCAUUUCAACCCGUAAUCAGGUGAAAUUUUUUUAUAUAUGUAAUUAUAUAUUACUGAUAAUCCAAAAUCCAAUCAAAAUUUCCAACAAAUAACUAAUAACUAUAUUUUUAAUUUAUCCAACCAAGUUUAAGCAAAGUGGUUCUAGAGGGUGACAGGGUUGUAACUAUAAAUCGCAAAUUAAAUUCAAAUUGUAUCAAGAUCAAACGGAACCAAAUAGACUAUCUUUUCGUGCCCCACGUUGGGCGCCAGAAUUAGUAACGAAUGUUGUUGCUCCCGAACAAACAACAGCUUAAGCGCCACUCUCGAACGUCGAGAGACUGUUGAUGCGUGUUACCGUGCUCGGCUUUUGAGACUUGAAACAGGGCGGGUUAAGUAUAGUUCAAACACCCAAACUCAUUUUGGCUUUCCCAACAACUAAACGAAGCGCAUACAGAACAGACUCAAUUUUAUGACUGGAAAAUAUUUCUGGCUCUUAUUUUCAACUGACGUUAGUUAAACUAAUCUUACAAAAUAUCCCUUUCGCUAGUUGUCUCCUGUUGUAUUUUCAUGAAUGAAAAAUCUGUUUUAUAAAAGUAGACUUUAUUCGACAAAAGGCAAAAAAGGAAUGAACUAAAUUUUCACUAGUUGAUUUUCCUUAGUGAUAAAUGGUUGCUAUGCUAGUAGGGAAAACCUUGAUGGCUCCAACCUUGAUGGCAUUCUGAUCAUACUUUGAGGUCGUGGUGGUCUGGAACCUGAGGGAAUAGGUUCUUUGGUUGAUUGUAGAGGACUCCAUUCUUCAACGUCUUCCUGGAAUUCGGCUUGAUCAUCUGCUCGAAUGGUUGAGUCAGCUGGGAUUCUGUUUCGUUGAUGGGAGCAGUGGAACACGGUUCUUGAUGUGUUGGUACCGGUUUCCGAUUUGAUGAAAUAACUUCCGAACGCUGUUAUGGUGUUACGUCCCGCUGAUUCGGUGACGGGAAUCCAAACAUGCCCAUGAGAAUGUUGAGUGGUGGAUUGCAAUCAGCUAUUGUUCCCCUCUCACCCCGCUUGAGUUGAUUAGCAGAUGAGCGAAUUAUAUCGUAUUCGUUUUCACCACUCGAACGUGUUGCACAAUCCCCGUUAAAAACAAGCAGUUUGCGUCGUCCGUGUCGUGGUGUGGAAACUGCGUUGCAUCAUUGGACCGAAGUAACUUUUCUGGUUCAAACUGGAUGGAAAAUCUUUGAGAGAGGUAGUGACCACAAAUCAAACAUUUCGAUCCAAUCCACGCCGAAAAGAUUGUAGUUUUGCACAACCCAGAUUUCGUGUUCUUGUCCAGAGUGAUGUUACAAUGCAGCUGAUCAAUGAUGUUCAAGGGUUUUCCUGAUGCGGUUUUUGCUUGGGUACCGAUUUGAUGUAGAGCCAAGUUCCUGCCACGAAUGCUUAAAGAGGAUGGUGAUGUCGGACGCUGUAUCAAACUUCAUCCGUAAUAUCACUACGUCGAUGAGGAACUUUCGUGACGCUGCACUGCUUCCACGGUUGAUGUCAAAAAUUCGUUUGACUUUUUCCUUCUGUUUCUUGCUUUUGGCAGAUGGCUUCGCCGAAAAGCAAUUGCAGUAGCCUUUAUUGUGGCCCGUUUCAAUGCAUAUUUUGCACGUGUGAAUUGAAAAUAAGCAAUCACGUACAAAGUGCAUAACUCCACACUGCCAACAAGAACUCCUUGGAACGCUUGACGGUUUCCUUGGUGAUGAAGCGGGUUGAUACGACUGAUUUUUCCGGAUGAUUGCGCAGAUUGAAGCCGUCGUUGGUUGCUUCUGUACCAGCAUAGCCAUGUGGGAUUUUGAGUUAUGUAAACGUUGGCAUUCGGUGAUCAAGCUUUCCAGUUUACAUUACCCUUUGCCUUUCGGAUUCCAACUUCGACAACAACCUUGUUCGGAUGUCAGAUUUCUUCGGAGACCGUAGACCGCAAAUGGAAAUUAAGGAUUUGAACUGAUCUGCGGUGAUUUUGUUCAGCUCUAAAUCCUCGCUGUUAAUGCUGAGGCUCCUCAACAGCAGGCGAACUUUAACUUCGUCAUCCAGAUUUUCUCCGUCUUUCAGAAACAGGUCCUCGUACUUCUGGAACCUACCUACCUACCUAAAUGUCCAGCGCCGAUUGACCGACGCAUAGGGCUGAGAUAAAAGAUCUCCACUGCUGGCGAUCCGGAGCCAGCGUCUUCCCUUGCUGCCAGCCAAGACUGUGCGGAUUUCAACGGCUAGACUACGCUGCCACGAGCUUUUGGGCCUGCCUCUUCUUCGAUGUCCAUCUGGAUUCCAGUCAAGCGCCUCUCUGCAAAUCUCGUUUUCAUCUUUUCGCAGCGUGU